AUGAAUUGGUCAGAUUGUUCAAAACCGCAUUGGACACAUUGCAUUCUGACGACCACUGUCGGUAGCUUGAAUUUUACCAUUCAGAGUAAAAUUGCUGGAGAAUUGCGUUCGUACAAAUCCGUUGACAGCACAACAGACGAAAACGAAGCGGUCAACUAUUCGACAGAAUUUUUUAACUCGCUUGACGUGCAAGGAACUCCGCCGCAUAAUUUACAGGUAAAAGUGGGAUCAAUCAUUAUUAUGCUGCGGAAUCUAAAUCCUCCUAAAUUGUGCAAUGGUACACGAUUGUCCAUCAAGAAACUGAUGAAGAAUGUAAUACAAUCAACGAUCAUCAAGGGCAAUUUCAAAGGAGAGGAAGUCCUUAUCCCACGAAUUCCGAUCAUUCCAACAGAUAUUCCAUUUCAGGUUAAGCGGAUUCAGUUUCCCGUUCGAUUGGCUUUUGCGAUGACAAUCAAUAAAUCGCAAGGCCAAUCGUUGGAAGUCUGUGGGAUCAAUUUGGAAUUUCCAUGUUUUUCGCACGGGCAGCUGUACGUUGUCAGUUCGCGUGUUUGCAAAACGUCUUCGUUGUUUAUUUUUGCACCAGAAAACAAAACUAAAAAUAUUGUUUAUCAAAAUGCACUAAACUGA